AUGGUACAACAUGAUGCCAGUUCACUUGUCAUAAAUAUAUUUAUUGAGGAAUUUUUUUUCAAAUCAAAGAUGACAAAAUGAUAGAAAAUUAAGUUUAGAAACAAAUUCAGAGAUGAACGCAUCUUGGUCUUACUGAAAAUUUGCUUUUGCAUUAUUUUAACCCUUUAACUGCCUACUCAACCAAACAUUAUUGUGCAGUUACAAAACAUGUUAUUAAAAACAUUGUGUGUAUUACUCCUACAGACAAUAAGCAGCAGAAAAACAUUUUGUAAUUUUUUUUUCAGAACAAUGGUUAACUUAAUAUAUCAAACUAAAAAAGGAAUCAUCAUAUAAAACAAUAAUGUGUAAUUGAUUAUAAGGUUUAUUUGUCAUGUUUUAUUAUUUUUGACAUUAUGUUCAGGCCAAUCAAAUGUUUUUUUAUAUAAAAAAGAGAAUAGAGAAUAGGUUGGGUAUCAAAUUACUUUAAAAACCUAACUUUUUUGAACAAAAAAGUUAAAUUUUUUUAAAUGAUCAACUUCAAGGGGUAAACCUCUUUUUAUAGGAAAUGAAAACAUCAAGAAAGAAAGAAAGUCAGUGAGAACAUCAGAGAAAUGAGAGAUGAAAAUAUAGAAUGGUGACGCAAAUCAAGAAAAUCUACAAUGUCAAUUGAAGAAUGUGGAGGUGUGAUGAGACAGAGAUACACAAAUUGGAGCUGUUCAGAUGAAUAAUCCAAUGCCCAGCAUACCUAAUCCCAUCCAGUUGAAAUGAAAUCCUCAGCUUGAAACAGAUCCUGUGCUGCUGUACAGACAGAAAAAGGCAGUGGUUGAUGCUCUUCAGCGAGUGCAACUGGAACUCCAGUUAUUUUGGAAAGUCACCAUUGAGUUCUUUAUCACUCAAGAAGAGCAUAAAUGACAGAAAUGGAGAAAAUCAAAGGAUUCAUGUCCUUGUUACUACCGCUCUUGUUUCUUCAAAUCUCUAUUGCUUCAACUAGCCAUUGUUCACCUCAUUCAGAUCAUCUAGAUAAAACAGAUUUCAGCUGCUACAGUGACUUAAACAGCACCAUCACAUGUGUGUGGAACAGCACGUCUGUAUCAAAUCACAAGGAUUCUGUUUGUAGAAUUUACACCAAGUCUCCCAUCUCACCAUUGAACGCAUCCUGUGUCUUAGAGCCUGUUGAUUUCACAAAACCAGCUAUAAAAAGGUGCUCCAUGAUUUUCAAGAGACCUUUUUCUUUUUUGAGUCAUGAAAAAUAUUCCAUCUUUCUAAACUGCGGUUCCCCGACCAAAACGGAAACAAAACUAUUCAAGCCAUUUUGCCAUGCAAAAGUAAAGGCGCCAGGAAAGCCGUCCAUCAAUGCGACGACAGUGUCCUGGUUGUCUCACGUUCCAAGGCAUAGAAUACUAAAAGAUUUUUCCUCACAGCUGGAGUGGAAACUGCAGAAACAGUCCUGGAGUGACCCCCUUGUGAAGAAGAAAACACUGAAUUGUGGGCAGGAGUGUGAGGGGCAACUGGACCCUGAGAUGUUGACACAAGGAGAGACUUAUGAAGCGCGGGUUCGGGUGCGAGCCACUAGAAGUAAUGUGGAGGGAAUUUGGAGUGAAUGGAGCCCAACUCUGAUCUGGGUGUCAAGUGAGGGAAGACCAAAAUCUCCAUCAGGAACAUCUAUGGGUGUUUGGAAUAUAGCCAUACCAGGAGCUGUGGCAUUUGUCUUGAUUUUUUUUGCUGCUUUUCUGAGUAAAGAAAACAUUAUCCGGAUCUACGCUGCGAAGAAGAUAAUAGGUCCAUGGAUUCCUAAUCCCUCAAAAGCUGCCUCUCUCCAUAAAUGGUCAAGCCUGCUCUUCACCAGUGAAUCCCUUGACUGUUGUUUAAAGGAGGAGGGAAUUGCCUCCUUGGAGUUAUCCUUCCCUGUGAAAGCUGUCCAGCCUAUCAGACCAGAAGAGAAAAUCCUUGAAGAGAAUUUCAACUGUGAGUCCAGCAGCUCUGGCUUCUCCAACCCAAGUUAUUCUGCACUUUGCCCGCCUCCCCCUCCUUUGUUCUCUCAGACUUCCAGAGAUCUCCUCCUCUGCACACCUUUGGGACCUGCACUAGGUCAAAAAGAAACAAGAAAAACAGAGAAGGAUAACGAAACAAUAGGAGAGGCAAGAGAAGAAAUCUUGAAGUUUCUUUUGAAGGACAGCAACAACAUUACAACAAUGCAGAUUUCCGACUAUGAGAAAGUUGACCAUCUCAGGCAGCAGAGUGUGGAUUCAGGCACGUGCAGCUUUGAAGAGGUCAGUCAAGCAGAGGCAGUGACUGACAGCUUUACUUUGAUGGAUGGCGUCGACGAGCGAACUCUACUCAAGAAGGAGUGGGACAAAGAGAAUGAUGGAACAAUGGAUUUCCUCAGGCUGAUAGGAAGCAGCGAAAAUGAUUUGGCCAAGCACCCCAUUCAAGUUUGUUUUGACUACGAGCGAGUCUCCACACCACACGCAGACUCGCCUGAACUUCCCAGCCUGGAUUCAGGCCUUGACAGCACAGUUGAGAGUCAACAGGAAAGCAUCGAAAUUAAUGACACGUCAACCCACUUUCCAUUUCCAUGUUCCUCUCCUUCAUUCCCACAAAACAAUCUGAACUUUUGUGGGUCGUGUUCGAGUCCAGUCUUACAGCCCCUUUUAAGUCAUGGCAAACUAGACAGUUUGUUUUUGGUUCCAUCUAACAUGAUCAUUGAACCCUCAAGUAAUGGCUACAUGCCAGUGAAGCAAGAGAAAAGCUAAGGAGACAGUAAAAUUGCAGUAAAAGCUCUCUUCAUGGGUGAAGUGCUAUUUGACUAAACUCUGAUUUGCCAAUUUUUGAGUUCCUCAAAUGACCCUAGAGGUAGGUUUCCGAGGAGACAUUUUUCGUGGACUUCCAUGUUAGAAGGACAGACUUUAAAUCCAAAACUAAAUGAAUGUACAGCCAUUUUUUUAAAUAAUGUAUUCAAUGCUUUUUUUAAAAUUAUUAACAUCUAUGAGUGGGGUGAAUUUUAUUUUAGCAAAUUUCUGAGGUGUUAAAGGUUUGUUUUUAAUGGUGUUGACUCAUAGGUGUGGCUAGAUGGUUAGGUUGACCGUUACGCAGGAAACCUGGAUUCAAUUCCCAGGGCGUACAAUGAGCUAAUUCCAGUGUGGGUCGUUGAGAAAGACCCUUCGCUUUGCUGCCUAUCUGGGUCUCCCUGUGCCAUGAAAAUACAGGGUUGCGUCAGGAAGGACAUCCAGCGUAAAAACCCCCGGCUAAACUACCUGUGCGAAUCAGUGAAAGCUCAUGCGCUGUAGCCAACCCCUACGGGAUGCGCUGAAAGGUGAACAACAACAAUAAAUGUGUGGGCUCAAACAAGGCUUUCAUUUUCAGUUUCAGCAUUCCUUUUCCAUGUUUAUGAAACCAACAAGUGAGUUUACAGAUUAGUGUACAAAGUUUCCAUUACAGUUUCCGCUGCAUCUUUUUAGUAUCAGAUUAAAUUAAUAUUUUGAGCAAAAUGCAACAAACUUAAUUUAAAAAAUGAAAAAGCUAUUUAAAACCAAAACUCUCUCAGAAGCUACAAUUCAUCAUACAGCACCUGCACAUACAGACUCACCCCUUCCCUUCUUUUUCCACCUAACAGAAACAGGCUGCUUUAAGUUUUUUGUUAUUUAUUGGCAGACAUCCUCUUUAAAACAUUUAUUUUUUCUCAACUUUCAGUUUCAAGUAUUUAGUUCUUUGCAUUGCGAAUGUAGGUUUUGCAGCAAAACACAGGUCUUGAUGCGAAAUGGUGAAAUUUUAAUGAAUGUUUUUUGCAUAGAUUUUUCAAAGUAUUUAUCUAACUUUUUAUUCAGUGUAAGUAAAGUUUUAAAAUGCAUUAGAGGAAUGUUAUAAUGUUAUUAGAGACAUAUUAUUAUGUUUUAUGUUUAUGAAUAUUCUUGUCUUUUGCUUGUUAGGAUUAAAAUCUUUUUUCUGCUUGUUUUCCUGUUUGAUGAAAGCAGUGAGUGAAAUGGUUAAAUCAAUACUUCAUGCUGUGUGCAAAAACCGAAACAGUUCUCAAUAAAAUUUAUCAAAAAGAAA